CAUGAUUUCAUGAAAGAAAAAAAAUAAAAAAUUGCAAAAAAUGCGUUUGUCGUUCUUCUAGUAACUGAAAAAUUGUAUUUUUUGCCAUUUUGAAAAUAAAUUUGCAACUUUUUUGUUAUUAUAAAAUAAAUAACUAUUACUAUGUCGACCGAAUUAGCCACUGAAAGAGACAGUUGCGAAUCAUCGCCAGUAUCUAAGAAUAUUUGAUCCUUGAAUUCUCACAUGAAAAUGGAUUCGACCUGUCAAAAUGGUGUAAAAGAUGCCAAAGAUGGCCCCGACGUUAAAGUGGAAGAGAUGACCUCACGCGAUUAUUAUUUCGAUUCUUACGCUCAUUUCGGAAUCCACGAAGAAAUGCUGAAGGAUGAAGUGCGUACGUUAACGUACAGGAAUUCAAUGUAUCACAAUAAACACCUUUUUCAGGGUAAGAUAGUUCUAGAUAUAGGAUGUGGCACCGGUAUAUUGUCUAUGUUUGCUGCUAAAGCUGGAGCAGCCCGAGUAAUUGGGAUCGAUUGUUCGAAUAUCGUUGAUUAUGCCAAAGAGAAUAUCGUUGCGAAUAAGCUCGAUCAUGUUAUAUCAAUUGUUAAAGGCAAAGUCGAAGACGUUGAGUUACCAUUUGGUAUUGAAAAAGUGGACAUAAUUAUAUCCGAGUGGAUGGGCUAUUGCCUAUUUUACGAGUGCAUGUUGGAUACUGUACUGUUUGCCAGAGACAAAUGGCUUAAACCUAACGGUCUUCUGUUUCCUGACCGUGCAUGCCUGUAUAUUACUGCCAUCGAAGAUCGCCAAUACAAAGACGAUAAAAUCAACUGGUGGGAUGAUGUUUACGGAUUCAACAUGAGCUCUAUUCGGAAAGUAGCGAUCACCGAACCGUUGGUUGAUGUAGUCGACCCCAAGCAAGUAGUCACCAGCUCUUGUUUGGUUAAAGAAGUCGACUUAUAUACGGUGACUAAAUCGGACUUAUCAUUUUCCACUCCUUUUAAUUUGAUAGUCAAACGCAAUGAUUACGUUCAAGCAUUUGUAACAUUUUUCACCAUUGAAUUUACAAAAUGCCAUAAAAGGAUUGGCUUCAGUACAUCACCCGAGUCACCGUAUACUCACUGGAAACAAACAGUUUUCUAUUUCGAAGAUAGCCUAACUGUUAAGAAAAACGAAGAAAUAACCGGUGUGUUUGCUCUGCGACCUAAUGAACGAAACACUCGCGAUUUAGAUUUCACGAUAGAUGUCCAUUUUAAGGGCGAGUUAUGUGAAGUUCGUACUUCGAACAAUUAUAAAAUGCGUUGAUUCGCGUAUUCCCCUUUCCUAUUUUAUUUUAUUAUCUUUCCCCGCUAUGAUUUCUGCAAUAUUUCUCCGUGGUUUCGCCGUGGGAAUUAAAACUUUUGUGCAUUUCAACCCCUUACGAUUUUAAUAAGUAAAGAAGUUAAUCGCACUCUUGAGUUUACUAUUUGAAAACUGCAUUUAAAGACGUUCAAUUUAAAACGAACUUGUAAUUUUUUUUCACCGCACAUUGAGCUACUAUUUAAUUUCCUUCUUGCAAUUUGACCAAUUGAAAUAAUUUCAAUGAUAGAAGCAUAUUAUUGUAAUUUUUUUAUAUCAUUUGUUGCCAUAAGCUUUCGAUAAUGACCUUUGUGAUACCCAUACUUUUUAAUGCACUUUUUUGUCUUCCCGAUUUCCCCUCAUUUUAUUACGGCGCUUUAAUAAUAAAAACGAAAUGUCCAGAGUUACUGUAUCUACGAACGGAAUUAUAUAUCAGGACGAAUUUUGUGAAUUUUUUCGCUAGUCAAAUGAGCUAUAAUAUCGAAGUUCACGUAGGUUCCUCAGUUUAAUUAUUGGCAUUAAGUUAACGUUACUUUUUACGGCGAUAUGUUUUCUUUCUUUUGUUUUUCAAUUACAAUAGUGGAUUAUUUGAUUUUCUUACGUUUGAUUACCUAUACAUUGACCGUAAAAUUUAUUCUGUCUUAUGUUCUAAUUAUUAUUUUCAUUUUCGUUUUUAUUGCGUUUUAAAUGUAUCAGAUUAGAAAAGAUUCUCUCGUAUUGAUUUUUAUACUUUGGAAAAAUACAAUGGAAUAUGUAUUAUU